AUGAUUGACAUUUCGAUUUUUCAGCUAGAAGCCGUGAAGGCGAUAUCUGUCGAGGCUGCUGCAUCUUCGAGCGUUUACCGCUUCAUCGUAGGCCCCGAGAAGAAGGAGUAUCAUAUCCAUUCCGCAGUUCUCGCGAACCACUCGUCAGCCCUCGACGCCAUGGUGAAUGACGGGCUACAGGAAUCUGGAGAAAAAAUUGUGGAUUGGACAGACGUUGACUCUGGUGCUUUUCUUGGUCUCUGGCACUUUUUGUAUUCCGGACGCUAUGCUGCUCCUGUCUUGAUCUCAAGGCUAGGUGAAGAUCACCCUGCAACCAAGAUUCGAGAGGAAGAGGCAGGUACACUGCCAGAUCGUACACUGCCAAUUUGCACGCUGCCUGGUUGUAAAAGGCCUGGUUGUAAAAUGCCAGGUUGUACAAUCCCCGCAGGACUUUGGCUCGAUUUUCAAACAUUACGCCUCGCGGACUUAGAGGAAUCGCCGCCCCCUCAACCGAAAUCGGUGGGCAGGCGAGUAGUCGUGAAUUCAUACACAGAUCUGCUCCUCCAACAUGCCCGGGUGUGUGUGUUAGCAGACAAGUACAUGAUUCCGCCCCUGAAACAACUAGCUCUUACAGCCCUCCAAAAAGAAUUGGGGAUUCAUUUAUACGACCUCGAGACGAUUUCAGAGAUAGCCCCGGAUGCUAUAGCUCUGCUCCAGUUUUCUUUUAAUAACCCAGCCCCCGAUAAGCUGAGAGAGCUUGUCACCCUCUUCGCUGCCUGCAUCAUAACCGACCUGUGGGAGUGCGAGGGCUUCCAGGAUCUGAUGGGAAGCUCUGAAGAAUUCUCUGCGGCUGUUAGCGGGUGCAUUGGCACGAAUCUAGACGGGAGACUGUUGAAGCGGUUGCUUGACCACUGA